GAUUGUUCGCAUUGAGAUUUGCUAACAAAGUGUUGUUACAACAACAUGAUCUGAUCUGCAUCUUUAUAUGUAUCCUCAAACACAGUAAGGCUAAAACUAAUGGUGGAUAUGCAGAAACCACUUACAUGCACAUCUUUAACAUACUUAACAAAAGUCCACAGUUGUGAUAAAACCAUUGCAGAUUGCAUACCGAUGGCAACGGUACUGAUUUAAAAUAAAGACCUGCGUCAUGUUUGUUCACAGCAAUUACAUUGCAUUAGCUGUGCCUCCGGCGAACCUGCAUUUGAGAAAACAAAGAAUGUGAUACCAUAAUGUAUUAUCACACUGUUUUACGUGUGUGAUAAACAGGGUUUAUAGCUCAGACUGGGUGAAACAGAUGGUGUGAGCUUUUCCUGGGUUGUUCAUUGGAAACUGCUCAUCAGACAGGCAGCUGCACAGCUGACUGUCUGCUUGUCUUUUAUUUAUCUUCUUGACAGUCACUCUCUUGAUCUUCGUCUCUUUGGCAGCCUUUCUCUGUUUCUCUGUUCCCAGCUACCGCCCAGCAGAGCCAAAUUCAUGGAAACCGGCCACCGCCGAUUCAGAGAUGUUAUCGGCCGGAAGGGAGAUGUGAAGACCAUGCCAUUUUCUCAAUAAGUCCUGCUUUGGGUCCACGGACCGCAGCUUGGGAUACUCCUCCCCGGAAGUGGGUGGUGGAGUCGCCGUCACCACACCAGUCAGACCACCGUCGACACAGAGUCUGCUGGGAUGAAGCUCGGCACCGGAGAACCACAGGCACUGAUCCGGUUCUGAGGCUUGAACGCCGUCCUGGUGAUCACGCGGUGAAGCGAUCGGACUGUUUCAAGGAGAAGGAAGGAAAACCCGAACAUCGCCAACAUGAUGGAGGAAAUAGACAGAUUCCAGGUACCCAGCGCGGUGCAGGAGGCAGAGAUGCAGUCCGAGAUGCAGCCUCUGGACCCGGCUUCUUCCACUGCCUCAGAGGCAGAGUCCGACACCAGAGAAGGAGAAGCUGUUACUAUCAACUAUAAGCCGUCACCCCUCCAGAUGAAAAUAGAGAAACAAAGAGACCUGGCCAGGAAGGGCUCAUUAAAGAACAACAACACUGUAGGUAGUCCGGUUAACCAGCAGCCCAAGAAGAACAACGUCAUGGCCAGAACACGGUUGGUAGUACCCAAUAAAGGUUAUUCAUCUUUAGACCAGAGCCCAGACGAAAAGCCCCUGGUGGCCUUAGAUACCGACAGUGACGAUGAUUUCGACAUGUCUAGAUACUCGUCGUCUGGAUAUUCUUCUGCAGAGCAAAUCAAUCAGGAUCUGAACAUCCAGCUGCUGAAAGACGGCUACCGCCUCGACGAGAUCCCAGACGACGAGGACCUGGAUCUGAUCCCACCCAAAUCAGUCAACCCGACCUGCAUGUGCUGCCAGGCGACCUCCUCCACGACCUGCCAAAUCCAGUAACCCACCUCUCCCCCAAAACCGCUGGCCCCUUCAUCCCUCACAAACUUAAACCCGCUGUCUUCAUCCGCUCUGAGUUUACUUCGCCACCAGAGUGGCAAAAUGUGAAGCAUUUGUAGAAUAUUGUCAUGACAGUAAAGUGCUAUGAUGAUUAGGUAAAUAAUCACACUAACAAAUAAAAACUUUGGUACAAAAUCUUGAACACAGAGGAAAGUAUAUGUAAGGGUAAAAGCAGUAAAGUGAUGGAUUCCUCCUAUGGCAGGAGACACACUUCUGUUUAAGAGUCCCCUCCCGUUGGCGGACGUAAUGUGACCCUGAUAUUAGUUUACAGACACGAAAAGGUCAGCUGCUGCUGUGAAGUGGUUUCCAUUUCCCUGACUGGUAACAAACACGAUCAUAAUUGCUGACUCAACUGUUCUGCUCUGGUUUGCCUUGUUUUAAUAUAUUUUUUUCCUUUUAUUUUAAUGUAUUAACUGAGAUCAGCGCGCCUGUAUCUGGUAACGAGAAAUAUGGGAUGUGGUCUUUUGAAUUCCCCUGGUACUGUAUCCUUUUACUGUACAAGGUUGCUAUGUAGCAAGGGUCAGAUCUUUGAACACUUAAACACUGCGACAUUUCUGCUUUCUCUGCGACGCUGGAGUGAAAUGUUAAACCACAAAGUUGAUAGAUGAAUGUGUAAACAUGAAUGACUGUAGUACAAACUGCAUGAAGGCCACCAGAGUGCAAAGUAGGAAGGAAUUUUUAAAAGCACGUAGCUUUUGCAAAUUUAAUUUUCUGUUGUGUAGUCACCUGCUGCUGUUGUGGCACAAGCUUGAUUUUUGAAUUUCUUUCAAUUUGCACUUUUUAUUUGAGAUUUUAUGAGUUCAUAUCACUCUUUCCUGCACCACAAGUGAAUGUGACGUACCUAAAAUUAUCUGUUUUUGUUUAUUGCUCUGUUUUCUACUGUGCCUUGCAAGAUUAUUUACGCCUCUUGGACUUGAGCACAUUUUGUUGUCAGACGUAACUGUGCUUUAUUGGAAUUUAAUGUAAAGCACCAACACAAAGUAGAUCAUAAUUGUGAAGGAGAAGGAAAAGCACACAUGGUUUUCAUAAUUUCUGACAGAUAAUAAUGUGAAGAAUGUGGUAUACAUACAGUAAUAGGAAUACAGUAAUAUUUCUACAAUUACAGCUGGAAAUCUUCUACUUUAUGUCUAGCAGCUGUCCUAUCAACUGAUUCUCGCAUUUGAGCCAUGUAUCCUUGCAACUCCUCUUGAUGUACCAAGGGACUUGAUGCCUGUCCCUUUAAAUAAAUCUGUUGUUGUCCAAUCUGUCAAUUUAGAUCUACAGAUGGUAAAUGGCAAAAACUUCUUUUCUUACCAAACCUUGCUGUAAACAAAUUUAUCCCUGACUGUUUCCGACCUUCUUUGGCUUUCAAGAUACUAAUGACACUAAUGUUGUUUUAGCAAACCACUGAAGUUUUCAGAGCGGUACUAUGCACGCAGGUGGAUACCAUAUACUCUUUGCACCGGUUUUUAUUAAAGUUCAAGCAACUAUUUUAAGAAACAUGUAUUAUUUUCCCUCCAUUUCACAAACAUAACACUUUGUAUGGAUCUACCACAUUGAAAUCCAGUGAUAUAUGCUGAUGUUCAUGGUUCUAAUUUUAUAAAAAAAAAAAAAAGUAAACAUGCAGCAUAAAUACUUUU